GUCAGUGCGUCUGGACUCCAUUAGGGGGUUGCAGCUGUGUUGAGAGAAACAACAACAAAAACGGAGAGAACCGAGACAGGCAGAGACAGUGCGUUUUCAGCCGGGUUACGAGCUCUGAACCCCGGGAACUGACACCUCCUUUCCAACCCCCGGGCAUCACAGGCUUCUAAUCACGGCCGCUCUCGGUGAGGAAACUCUGGCCUCCGCUUCCUCCUCCUCCGACUCGGACACCGGCGGAGCGUCGCCGCCCCCGCGGAAGAAACACCGAGCCUCGGCGGCGGAGGGAGCAGGAGAGCCCGGGGCUUCAGCAGGGACAGUGGGCCUCUCUGCAGUUGUUUUAGGACUUCCAACUUCUCCACACCCUCCCGGACCCCCAGCCAUCCACAUUAACCGAACUAUCGUAAAUAACAUCAACAGUAAUAUCAUGCAGGCCAACGGUGCAGGACAGGCACAGGACUCGGAGCUUUCCUGCCUGAAUAGCGCACAGAAUGGGGAGUCAUCAUCGACCAGCGGAGCGCAUUCUAAUGGGCUGCUUUCUAGCACAAACAAUGGAAAUACUGUCAGUACAAAUAACGGGGCUUCGGCCGGCGUAGCCUCUGGGACCUCAGCCGCCUCUGCCUCUGCCUCAGGCUCGGAGGUCGGUUCCACCAUGAAAAAGAAGAAACGUCUCUCUCAGUCGGAGGAAGAUGUCAUCCGACUGAUAGGGCAACAUUUACAUGGAUUAGGGCUCAAUCAAACCGUGGACCUGUUGAUGCAGGAAUCUGGCUGCAGGUUGGAACAUCCAGCCGCCACCAAGUUCCGAAACCACGUGAUGGAAGGAGAGUGGGACAAGGCCGAAAGUGACCUCAACGAACUGAAAGCACUGAUGCACUCUCCCAGCGCUAUUGUGCGGAUGAAGUUCCUGCUGCUGCAGCAGAAGUAUUUGGAGUAUCUGGAGGAUGGGAAGGUGUUGGAAGCCCUGCAGGUCCUGAGAGGGGAGCUCACGCCACUCAAAUACAAUACAGAGCGAAUCCAUGUCCUCAGCGGGUACCUGAUGUGCAGCCAUGCAGAGGACCUGCGAGCCAAAGCUGAGUGGGAGGGCAAGGGAAUAGGCUCCCGCUGUAGAUUGCUUGACAAACUGCAAACGUACCUGCCCCCCUCCGUCAUGUUACCCCCCCGCCGGUUACAGACCCUGCUGCGGCAGGCUGUGGAGCUGCAGAGAGACCGCUGCCUCUACCACAACACCAAGCUGGACAGCAGCCUGGACUCUGUGUCCCUUCUCCUUGACCACGUCUGCAGCCGGAAACAGUUCCCUUGUUAUACCCAACAGAUCUUAACAGAGCACUGCAAUGAAGUUUGGUUCUGCAAAUUCUCUAACGACGGCACAAAACUGGCAACAGGAUCUAAAGAUACCACGGUUAUUAUAUGGCAGGUAGACCCGGAGACUCACCAGCUGAAGUUGCUGAAGACUCUGGAAGGACAUGCCUAUGGGGUCUCAUAUUUGGCCUGGAGCCCUGAUGACACUUACCUGAUCGCCUGUGGCCCAGACGACUGCUCAGAACUGUGGCUGUGGAAUGUACAGACAGGGGAGCUGCGGACAAAGAUGAGUCAGUCUCACGAAGACAGCCUGACCAGCGUGGCUUGGAACCCAGAUGCCAAACGUUUCGUCACAGGGGGUCAGAGGGGCCAGUUCUACCAGUGUGAUCUGGAUGGCAACCUGCUGGACUCUUGGGAGGGUGUGCGGGUUCAGUGUCUAUGGUGCCUGGGUGAUGGCAGAACAGUGCUGGCAUCGGAUACACACCAGCGUAUCCGUGGAUACAACUUUGAGGACCUGACUGACAGAAACAUAGUGCAAGAGGAUCAUCCUAUCAUGUCUUUCACGGUUUCAAAGAAUGGAAGAUUAGCUUUGUUAAAUGUAGCAACUCAGGGAGUGCAUCUAUGGGACCUGCAGGACCGUGUGCUGGUAAGAAAGUACCAGGGCGUCACCCAGGGCUUCUACACCAUCCACUCGUGCUUUGGUGGCCAUAACGAAGACUUCAUCGCCAGCGGGAGCGAAGAUCAUAAAGUAUACAUCUGGCACAAGCGCAGCGAGCUGCCUAUCGCCGAACUAACCGGACACACGCGCACCGUCAACUGUGUGAGCUGGAACCCAGCACUGCCGGGCCUCAUGGCCAGCGCCUCGGACGAUGGUACCGUCAGGGUUUGGGGCCCCGCCCCCUUCCUGGACACACAGGAUCUGGAGGGGCUCAACGAAAACUGCUGUAGCAUGGAUAGUUGAUGGUGAUUUUGGAGCGGAAGACUUCUCUAAAUAAAACGACAAAAUAUAAAAGAUAUAAAAAAGAAUGAAUAUAAAAAGAAAGAAGGAAAAUAAUUAGUUACAUUUUUACCCUGGCUGUGGAGGUUGGCUGUGGAGAUCGGUGUUACAGUGAAAUGCAGAUGAAUCUCUGGACUUAACUGAAACAAAACAAAAAAAGAACAAAGAGACCCACCACUGAUCCACUCUAACCUGGGCUGACCUCCUGCCUGGUUUCCACCUCCCCUGCUGUGGCUGCACCGAGAGGCCCCAAAAACACCCGGCUCCAGGCUGCGUCCUCACUCCUUCCACAAACCGCAGUCUCACAUGUGCCCAAAUGCAGACACAUAUGCAUACACACAGACACAUGCAGAGUCCGACACAUACAAAUGCAGGCAGACAGACACACGUACAGAGAGACAUACAUGCAUACAAACACAAUCGCAGACACGGACACAUGCACAGACCAAGACAUACGAACUCAGACUGAUACACACAGUUAUACCCAGACAGACACAUACACAUGCACAGACAAACGGACACAAAUGCAGACAGAAACACACAGACACACACCCACACAAAGGGACAGACCGACAGACAGACACACACCUUCCCUUAUGCUUCUGUUGUCCGCAGCCAUCCCCUACCACAUCCUGGAGACGUCUUCCCACAAACCCCCUCUGGACCCCCCAUCAUUUCCCUGCAGCCCAUAUUUGGACUCGGGGGUUUGUUAUAUCACCUGUGUUUGUUGGGGGUGAUGAUGAGUUUACUUCUUUUUUCUUUUUUUUCUUUUUUUUUUUUGGGAGGAGGGGAUGGGGGCUUCUCGCAUUUCUUUCCUUUUUCUUGCUUCGUACUAUAUAAUUGCGUUGAAUAGUGGCAAAACCCACACAAACAAAGAUGCUUGUUUGGAUUUUUUUUAUAAUAAUUCUAACAUUAUUGUUAUUAUUUAACAGUUGAAUUAGAGGGCUGUUGUAGUGGCCAUGGAGUGCUUCAGAAAUAAUUAUUUUUCUCAGAUAGGAAAGCUAAUUUCCUUCCUUUUUUGUCUGAAUGAAAACUUCUGCCAUCCCUUCACCCUCCUCCCUCCCUUUGCAGCAUGACUCAUGGUGGUCACAUCGGUCACACCUCUUCUGGUGUGGAAAGUACGGGGUGGGGGGCAGGAAGUGUAGGGGUCCAUUAUCAGCAGGUUGUGCGUGUGUUUGUGUUUUGUUUUGUUUUUUGGG